CGCCUCCCGGCCUCGCGUCUCCCCGCCGGCCGCCCGCCCGCCCUCUCGGAGCCCAGGCCGCCGCCAUGUCUUCCGGGGCCAGCGUGAGCGCCUUGCAGCGCCUGGUGGAGCAGCUCAAGCUGGAGGCCGGCGUGGAGAGGAUCAAGGUCUCUCAGGCGGCUGCAGAGCUUCAACAAUACUGCAUGCAGAAUGCCUGCAAGGAUGCCCUGCUGGUGGGUGUCCCAGCUGGAAGCAACCCCUUUCGGGAGCCCAGAUCCUGUGCCUUACUCUGAAGACUGUAGAGAAGAAGUUCGCUGAAGGAUGCUUUCAAGCACAAACUGAUGAAUGACUGCCUCCAAAUUUCAAGAAAACACUUCUCUAACCACAUGACUUCUAGAUAUUUCACAGGACCUUUCCUGUGACCUGGUCCUUUAGCCAACAUUCUACAGAAAUUGAUGUUUCUACUCAAAUAAGGAAACUGGGUGAAGGUGUAGAUUUUAAAUAAUAAUGGCCGGAUUCUUUGUUGAAGUGCUUUAUACUUAAACAAAAACCUUACCACCAAAUAUACCAAAAUACACUUCUUUCAUUAAGUGAAUUACUAGUGUUUCUAUGCCUGGAAUGUUAUGUAUGUUUUAUUUACUAGAUGUUUACAUUUUGGGAAGGAAAACAGUAUUCUUUGUUAAAAAAUUGAAUAUUUGUAAUUGCUGUUCCCAACUAAGAUCUUUAUACCAUAACAAAAUUUGUUAUUUUCUCAUGAAUUUAUAAUUUCUAAAUGAAGACAUGCAAGUGUAAAAUUGGGGGAAGAAUGGGCUUUGUUAAUCAAAUGAUGUCUUGAUUUUUCUAAAUGAGGAGAUUGUUUUAUUUUCAACACUAAGCAUGGGAUCUCUUUCUUAGCAACCUUGUUUGAAAAGAUGAAUGUUGUUUUCUGUAUGAGACUGCCCCAUCCUGUAUAUGAAGCAGAUUUGAUCUUCGUCUUCUUAAGUUCCUCUACUUGAUAGGGGUGGUUUUACUUAAAAAAAAUACUAAAUUAUUUCAUAUUUAAUGUGAUCUACAGAGCAUUGCAAAUGAUUUUUAAAAAGUAAUGUGAAAAUAUGACAACCUAAAUGAAUUUUUAAUGUCACAGGUGUAUUAUUUUGAUGAUGUGCCUUUGAUUUAAUUUGGGACACUUAAAAAAAUACUUUAUUUGUGUUUGUUUUAAUCUUUGAAGAACUUGGAAAUAAAAUUUCUGCUUAAUUUCUACUAACAACA